UUAUGGUAAUAGAGACACGCUUCUGACCUGCAGGGCUCGGACAGGGGCUCCCAGCAGCACGAGGUGGGACAGACUGGUUAGCAUAAGUAGUUAGCGCCUGUUGCAAGGCAGCACUCAAGGAAGUGUGACCUGUCAACACCUCUGCAGGCCGCCGGGGGCCCUGAAAAGAUGGGGAGGGAAGUACAAGGGGAGAGACACUUUUGCAAAACCAAGAGAUUUUAAACAUGGAGCUGCACUGGAAACUGUUAUUUAAACAACUCAGCACUCCUUGCACUGCAUGCUCUGCAGCCCUGGCAGCCGCGGACUUGUGCAUGAGAGCCGCAAAGUGAAACUGUCUAUAAACACAAGGGAGUCCCACUUCACUAGAUCCUAGAUCUUUGCUGCAAGCUCUGAAAAUCAAUAAAUCUGUCUGCACUUAGCUGAAUGAUGGACUCUGUCAUCAGCCUGUCUCCUUUCCCCUAAAAUGUUCCCCUGCACCUUCUCCCUGAUCUAUAAAAACCCAGUGGACUCUGGACUUUAUUCUGUCCCUGGAUCAGAUGCUGUGUGAAAUUUGCACUUAUGUGUUAUCAUGAAGCCUCAGCGGAAAAGCAAGAGCGAAAGGGUAUUAUCUGAACAGAUCAGUGAUUAACUGGUGCUUUAGGGCUAGAUUCUGAGUGUGGUGCAGUGGAAAUGUGGUGUUUUCGCAGACAUACACCAGGGUACAUGAGAGAAUGAAGCCGUUAGUGUCUGUAACUUGGGAGAUUCAUGUCCACAAAGUACCGAAGCAGCUGAUCCCAACAGCAUACAGUCAAGGCAGAAGCCCGCUAACAAUAGUCCCACCUGGGUGCACAUGGGACAAGGAGUGAAAACGUGCAGGCUGGGAAGAGCAGGAAUGGAAGUUGCAUUAGUGUCUGAGACUCCUAGCAGAGUUGGGCAUCUAGCCAACUAAACGCUGAUACAGAAAAGUCCAUCUAGCAGGAACGUACCUGGACGCUGCACAGGCCACAGAUUGAAGCCCGAGGUGUACACAUGGGUCCUUGCUCCCUGCUAGGCCGGAGCGUGAUGCAGCUGGCACCACUGCCGUUCUACAGGAAGCUCUGUUAUGCCAUAGGGGGUGCUCCCUACCAAAUGACAGGAAAUGCCCUCGGGUUCUUCUUCCAGAUCUUCCUCCUGGACGUUGUGCAAUUGGAACCGUUCCAUUCCUCUCUGAUCCUCUUCCUUGGGCGAGCCUGGGACGCAGUUACAGACCCCGCUGUCGGCUUCCUGAUCAGCAAGAGCCCCAGAAGGAGGCUUGGCAAGCUGAUCCCAUGGAUUGUCUCCUCCACGCCGUUCGGGGUGGUCUUCUACUGCCUGGUCUGGUCCACCCCCUCAGACACCAUGCCUGUCUCCCUCAAGUUCCUUUGGUACCUGACCAUGUACUGCUUCUUCCAGACAAGCAUGAGUUGCUAUCAUGUGCCGUAUUCCUCCCUGACCAUGUUUCUGGGAGGGAAUCAGCGAGACCGGGACUCGGCCACUGCCUACAGAAUGGGGGUGGAGGUGUUCAGCACGCUGGUCGGCUCGGGUAUCCAGGGGCAGAUAGUCGGCGGGUACCAUGCCAGCAUGAUGAAAAGCUGCAGUGUGCCCAAUGGGACUCUGUACAACAGCACCUUCCCGGGGCUCACUGACACCUUGGAGAACACACGCAAGGCGUACGUGAUCGCCUCCGUGGUCCUGGGCUCACUCUACUGCAUGGCCUGCCUGAUUCUCUUCCUUGGAGUGAAGGAGCAGCCUGGGCCCCUCAGUCCCUUGGGAAAGACCCAGCUGCCCUUCUUUCACAGCCUGCGAAUAAUCCUGGGACAUCUGCCCUAUGUCUGGCUGCUCGGUGGCUUCCUCUUCAUGUCCCUGGCCUUCCAGAUCGCUCAGGGGAUCUUUGCCUUUUUCUGCACGCAUGCUGCUGGUCUGGCUGGCAGGUUCCAGCAUUUGGUGCUCAUCAUGCUGGUUGUGGCUUCCCUCUCCAUUCCCUUCUGGCAGUGGUUCCUGGUGCGUUUUGGGAAAAAAACAGCUGUGUUCGUGGGCCUAUCAUUAAUUAUCCCUGCCCUCAUCGUUAUCACCCUAGUGAGACACAACUUCCUGCUCUUCGUCUUCAUGGUGAUAUUAGCGGGAUGCAGCAUGGCUGUCCUCUACUUGUUACCCUGGUCCAUGCUACCAGAUGCAGUGGAUGAUUUCAGGCUGAAGAACCCGAACUAUCUAAACCUGGAAGCUUUUUUCUACUCGUUCUAUGUUUUCUUCAACAAGUUUGCAGGAGGACUCUCCUUGGGGAUAUCAACAAUGAGCCUACAUUUUGCAGGUUACAGAGCCAGUGACUGCACACACAACCCCUCUGUCAUCCUCACGCUGCAGAUACUCAUGGCCCCUGUCCCAAUAACCCUGCUGCUCAUUGCCAUGGCCAUAUUAUGCUUCUACCCCAUUGAUGAGGAGAGGAGGAAACAGAUGAGGGUGGAGAUGGAGGCAGCUAGUCAUUGGGUAAAGAAUGAAAACCCAGGGGAAACUAAACCUUAAGCCAAUGUCGGGAAAUUCACUUGGAAAGAAUCCAGUAUUGCUACAUGGCCAUGAGGAUGCAUCAGUGUAAUUGAAAGGCUCAGCUGCCUGCUGUUGCUGAUUUUCCCCAUCACAAAGGACACAGCUCUGCUUACUGCCUUUCCCUGUGCCAGCCCAGCCCUGCAGUGCUUCUGCAGUGAGGCCAGCAGAGCUGACGUGACCCCAAAGCACUGUGUGCUGCAUGGCUUAGCUUUUGCUUUUCUGGCUGCUCUGGCACACUCAAAACAGGACCACAGGGUGGGGGAGAUGUGGAGAGAAAAGAGAGAGUUUCUCUUUCGAAGAUCAGGAUCAUUAGUACCGAGAGCUAAGUUUUGGGGGAGAUACAAUUUUUUUGGAAGGGUGUUGUAUGCAUGAUAUAUUUCUAGGUCAUCAAACUGGCAAGAUGAAGUCUCCUACACUGUACUAACCCACCCAUCUCAUUAGGAACAAAGGAAUUGUCACACCAGAACAGACAGAUGGUCCAGCUCAUCCAGGAUCCUGUCUCUGAUAGUGGAAUGAUCAAUGCUGGCUGCUUCAGAGGAAGGUGUGAAACACCUCCUUAAUGAUCCUGACUGAGUAAUACUGUACCUGUGAGGAGAUGAGGGAGGAAGGGUCCUUUUGACCCCAUGUGGUGAUCAGUUCCUGCCUUGCAGCAUGAAGAUUUACUUCUGUCAGGUUCCUCGGUAAAGGUAGGCAGGACUAGUGGCAAGAGCUUGGGAUCCCAAAACUGAAGCCAGGGAUCAGAGUCAGUAUCAGAGUCAAUAGUCAAGCCAAGGGUCUAGCCAGAGUCAGAAAUCAUGUCCAAGGUCAAUAUCAGGCAUCAGGGUCUGUGUUGGGUUUCCAGGGGUUGAUUAGGAGUCAGAAUCAGAGUCAGAGCAAGAUCAGUGCCAGGAGUUCAGAAGUACGGUAGCUAGCUAGGAAUCCACAUUGUUGCCUGGACACUUCCUAGUACGCCCCAUGGGAGUCUCUAUGGUCAAAGAACCAAUCAGGGAUCCCUAGACCACUGUCAGUCAGAUCACCUGGGGUGGAAUUUCCUCUGCAGGUUGUAGGUCACAGGGAGUGGCCCAGGUGAGUGUAGGGAUGUUGGUUGCCUUGUAGCCCUGCGCAGGCCUGGGAUUACAACCUCCCCCAUGCAGAGCAGCUGACUCACUAUUCUCCAACCAGAAUGCCAAGCCAAAGGGGACUGCUGAAUUCAGCCACUUGGAACUGUGGGUUAGAUACAGUGUAGGUAGUCACUCUGAAACGCUGUAACAUGGGUACCAGGUCUGAGGUAUUACUGCUGGUUAGUGACAGGGCUGAAGGAAGCACGGUAGAUGUAGGCUGUGAGGCUUGGGAGGGGUAAGGAAAAGUGGUUCACUGCCUGUUGUCAAUGGCUAAGCACCUGCCUUCAUCAUCUAUCACAGAGAAAGCUACAGUAUUUUGCUCACCUGCUGGCAUGACGCUGUUCCUGGAGAGUGGCCAGUAGGAUGAUCCUAGUUCACCUUGUUUCCCAGAGGCUUGGUCCCCUGUGUUUUUAAAGACAGAAUCUAUUAAUCUACAGAAAGAUACCAAAGUUCAAGUUUAGAAACUCAAAAGAAAAGCACAUGCCCAAAAGGAGAAGUAUACACACCACACGACCUCUAGUAUCACUAUUUCCAAAACCAACCAUGGUUCCCUGCCUUGGGUUCAUUAGCAGGCAGUUCAGCUAGUUAUCAAUCAGAUGACUUUUUCUGUGAAAGGGGUCGCAGGAACGGAUUAAGCUACCUGCAAUCUUGCUUUCUUAGGGGUUUAUUGCAAGGUCUGCCCUGUGCCUGCCAACUGCAGGGGUGUCAGAUUCACUCAAUGGAAACAGCUGAAUUGCACUUUUUAAUAGUUUCUAGAACAGCUCUACAAAAUCAGCAUCUUGUACAACCUUCAGCACACUGCAAAUCUCCCACCGCACAAAGAUCAAGGGUUGGCUCUGGCCCUCUGUUGUGACUAAAAUUUCAGUAAGUAAAAUUUAAUUGCCUUUGGCAUCAUGCAUUAGCUUGUUAUUUUUCAGGCCAGUGCUAUUUCUGCCUUUUCUUUAAACCAGUGGUUCUCAACCCACAGGCGGCCCAAUCAGCACACAGCUGCGGCCCAUGUGACAUCAUCAGGGCCAUACAGGUAGAAUAUAUAUAUAGUAUGGACGCAGCAAGCAUAACACACAGAGAGCUGCAUAUGAGGCAGACAAUUGUAAAUAGGUUGAGAACCACUGCUUUAAACAUUUGAGCUUGCAGCUACCCAAUCUGCACACACAAUGGCAGUAUUUGUGCAAAUUAGCCCCCAGUUUUGCACCCACUUUAUUUGAAAAUCUGGUGCUUAGAGUGGCAUCACGAGGCUUAAGAGUUAACCACACUUCGCAGUGAAUGGGGAAGAUCUCAUCUCAGAGCUGUAGCAGGAUGUCUGCAGAUAGCCUGGCAGGAAAGCAACAUUAUAUCAGUUACGCGCAGAUCACAUUUACUUUGUCACCAGGGCCAGAAAUGUAAUUCAGGAAGGCUGGUCUGGGUGUUUUGAACCUAGUGGGCUAUGGCCCAUUGCUUCCCAUUCAACAUUGUUGUCCAUGUAUUUUGAUGGCCUUUGUGUGCCAAGAAAUGAAACGUGAUUAGUUCUCAUGCUAAAAGUCGUAUGGUUGAUAAGAACUGUGUUCAGAUGCAUUUGCAAUUGCUAUAUCGCAUCAUUCAGGUUGGGAAGGAUGUGUAUUGUGCUGCACCAUCCUUUCAGGUGGAUUUGUAUUUGUACAUUUGUAUUUUCUGAUGUCAGUAUUUUUCAACUGUUUUUUUUAAUUAUAAACUCAAAGGUAGAUUUUGAAAAAUAUUAAACCAGUGCAAACAUUAA